AGUUGACGUGAACUGCGGCGAUGACAAUACCACCGCUGGCGAGAGCGGGGGAGAUAUCGCCGUGAACAGACAUCAACGAAAGUCCAAACAGCUUUCAUCCAUUCAUCCAGAACUUGUUUGUGGUACGCUAUCAUGAAAGUUCUUUUGAUCGGGGGUGGAAUUACGGGUCCUGUACUCGGAAUGCUUCUGCAGCAUAUUGGGCACGAACCAGUCAUUUUCGAACGUCAAUAUGAGCCAUCAUCGGGAGGAAUCGCAUUGCAACUGACGCCACAAACAAUGAAAGUACUUCGAAUUUUGGGACUGGACGAUAAAGUCAUAGCUCUCGGAAAGCCCCACAGGAAGAUGAGGUACUGCUCCGAAGUCAGCGGCAAGGUACUCUUCGAGAGUGAUACUGCACCUGGGAAGAUUUCCGAAGCCUUGGGUUGGCCGAUGAUGUGUGCAACCGAGAGAUCAGCAUAUACCAAGCUACUGGUGGACGAGACACAGAAACGGGGCAUCCCAAUAUACUUCAAUAAACGACUUGUGGACGUUAAGCAGGAUGGCGAGAAGGCGACCGCGAUCUUCGAGGACGGGACGACCGAGUCGGGAGACUUCCUUGUAGGUUGCGACGGUCUUCAUAGCAGUGUCCGAGAUUCGGUAUUUGGUGGAGUUGUGCCGACUUACACAGGAAUUGUAGUGGUUGCAGGGCGUGCAAUUAUUCCUCCAGGCUUUGAUGCCAGUUGGGCCACGCAGAUCUUCGGUGAAGGCGGGCACAUGUUCUUCGUCCAAACAACAGACGACCAUGUUUGCUUUGGAUGUACUUACCCUGAACCGAACGACGUGAAGGAGGACUGGCGCAAAGCGACGCCAGAGCAGGUGCAAGAGUGGUUGAAGGGUAUACCCCAGACACAUUGGUCUGGACCGCCGGAAGAGAUAUUCAAGCAUGCCGAUCGCAUAGUCAGGUUCGGGAUGUAUCAGCGACCCAUCCUCCCUGUUUGGCACAAGGGUCGAGUCGUUUUAUGCGGAGACGCAGCUCAUCCAACAGCGCCAUACAUCGGACAAGGUGCGAAUCAGUCUUUGGAGGAUUGCUAUCACAUGGUCCGCCUGUUAAAGAAGUACGAGCCGCUGACCACAGAGAGCUUGGACAAAGCAUUCACCGAGUAUGGAGAGUUGCGUUACCCUCGAGUCACCAAAGCUGUGCAGCAAGCAACCCAGGAGGGUAAGUAUAGGAUCAUGACAGGCCGGGAUGCCUGCCUAGAGCGCGAUGCGAUGCUUGCCAAAGGCAUGGAGACGCAGUCAUGGAAGGUCAUUCUGGACAUGCUGCAAGGACCGUACGAGAAAGAAAGCCAGAUCUAG